AUUAUAAUGAGUUUGUUGACAUCAGGGUGCUGUAGAAUAUUAUCUUCCAGGCAGAACGAACCAUAUGCUGACUGACUAAGCAAGACUUUACUAUGUCAAAGGAAGCAAAUGAAUAUGAGAGUACAGUUACCUACAUCAUAGAGGACACUAAACCAAGCCGAAUGAAGAGAGCGGCUGCAAAGCAUCUAAUUGAGCGCUACUUUCGCCAGUUAACAGAGGGCUGUGGAAAUGGGGCCUGCACGAAUGAGUUGUGUGCUUCGUGUCUUGGUUUUCAACCGCUGGAUCACAACACGGCAGCUAUCAGAGCCCUGGAGCUCUAUAAAAUGAAUGCCAAACUGUGUGGUCGUCACUCUGCUGCCUUCCCUGACAAUAGCAGUGCCAAAGAAACCCACCCUGCCUUAUUGGGCGACCGUCACGGGAAGAUGCCAGACCACGAAGACAACCUGUUUCCUCCUAGGGAAGACUUCAGAGAGGUGCAUUACCUGACCGAGGAGAAGGUGUAUGAGAUCCUGAGUAUCUGUGAGGGGAAGAAGGACUACUCUCCUCUGAUCCGAGUCAUCGGGAGGAUCUUCUCCAGCGCUGACGGUCUGGUGCGGAGCUUCAGGAAAGACAAGGAGCAACACCCCAACACCAAGGAGCAGCGCAAGACCCACCAGGCCAAAGACGAGGACAAGGACGAGGACGACAAGGAGAGAACCACCGCCAUGGAGCAGGAAUCAGAGGCCUCGGCGUCCAUGGAAGGAGCGACGGGAUCGACGGAGAACAGACUGGGUCCUGUGGAGGUCUCAGUGGACAUAGAAGCUGUGAGGAGAGUGUACGACAGACUCCUCUCCAACGAGAAGAUGGAAUCAGCCUUCCUCAACGCCCUGGUCUACCUAACUCCCAACGUAGAGCUGGAUCUAACCUAUCUGGACGUGUACGACACCAACCCAGACUACCUAAACAUCUUCGUCAUCGUGAUGGAGAACAGCAGCCUCCACAGCCCAGAGUACCUGGAGAUGGCCAUGCCUCUGUUCUGUAAGUGUAUGAGUAAACUCCCUCUGCCUGCCCUGGCCAAGCUGACGCGCCUGUGGUCUCGGUACAGUGUAGAGCACAUCAGGCGUAUGAUGGAGACCUUCCAGCAACUCAUCACCUACACGGUAAUCAGCAACGAGUACGACAGCGACAGUCUGGUCAACGACGACGCGUGUGUGGUGGCUGCAGCCAAGUGUCUGAAGCUGGUGUUCUACGCCAACGUCCUGGGAGGAGACCUGGAUACGGGUCACAAUGAGGAGGAGGAGCCUGCGUCAGAGUCCAGCGAGCUCACCCUGCAGGAGCUCCUGGGGGAGGAGAGGAGUAACAAGAAGGGGCCCCGGGUCGACCCUUUGGAGAAGGAGCUGGGCGUCAGGACCCUGGACUGCAGACGACCCCUCAUCCCCUUCGAGGAGUUUGUCAACGAGCCGCUGAACGAUGUUCUAGAGAUGGACAAGGACUUUACCUUCUUCAAGGUGGACUCGGAGAGUAAGUUCUCCUUCCAGAGCUGUCCCUUCAUCCUCAACGCCUGCACCAAGAGCCUGGGUCUGUACUACGACAACCGCAUCAGCAUGUACAGCGAGAGGAGGAUCACGGCGCUCUACAGCCUGGUACAAGGACAGCAACUCAACCCGUACCUCAGGCUCAAAGUACGACGAGACCACAUCAUCGACGACGCCCUCGUCAGGUUAGAGAUGAUCUCCAUGGAGAACCCAGCGGACCUGAGGAAGCAGCUGUUUGUGGAGUUUGAAGGAGAGCAGGGCGUUGACGAAGGAGGAGUGUCUAAAGAGUUUUUCCAGCUUGUCCUUGAGGAGAUGUUCAAUCCCGAUAUUGGCAUGUUUACGUAUGAUGAGUCCACCAAGCUGUUCUGGUACAACCCGUCCUCUCUGGAGAAUGAGGCCCAGUUCACCCUGAUCGGCAUCGUCCUGGGCCUGGCCAUCUACAACAACUGCAUCUUGGAUGUUCACUUCCCCAUGGUGGUCUACAGGAAACUGAUGGGGAAGAAAGGGACCUAUCUUGACCUGGCAGACUCUCACCCGGUUCUGUACCAGAGUCUGAAGGAGCUGCUGGACUAUGAGGGCGACGUGGAGGAGGACAUGAUGAUCACCUUCCAGAUCUCACAGACUGACCUGUUUGGAGACCCCAUCACUUACGACCUGAAGGAAAACGGGGACAAGAUACCUGUGAAUGAGGACAAUAGAGCGGAGUUUGUGUCUCUGUAUGGCGAUUACAUCCUUAAUAAGAGUGUGGAGCGCCAGUUCAAAGCCUUCAGGAGGGGCUUCCAGAUGGUCACCAACGAGUCUCCUCUCAGCUGUUUGUUUAGACCUGAAGAGGUGGAGCUACUCAUCUGUGGAAGCAGAAAUUUAGACUUUCAAGCGCUUGAAGAAACGACAGAGUAUGACGGAGGCUACAGCAAGGAUUGUCGCAUUAUUAAAGACUUCUGGGAGACGGUGCAUUCAUUUGGUGAGGAGGAUAAGAGACUUUUCCUCCAGUUUACGACGGGGACUGACAGAGCACCCGUAGGAGGCCUGGGCAAGUUAAAGAUGAUCAUCGCCAAGAACGGCCCCGACACAGACAGGUUACCUACUUCUCACACGUGUUUUAAUGCUUUGCUGCUCCCUGAAUACGAUUCAAAGGAGAAACUGAAGGAGAGACUUCUCAAAGCCAUCACUUAUGCCAAAGGAUUUGGAAUGCUGUGAAACAAACAAAAAUGACAACUCUGCAAAAAACAAAACAAACUUCCUGGCUUCAGUUCAAUGGUUUUAUGUUUUUGUAAUGGAGAAGGAAGGAAUUAUACAAGGAGGCAACAGUUGAAAUUGAUGUGGCAUUACGACAAGGAAGUGCUCCAGAGACUGUGUGCCUGAACAGGAACUAGACUCAACUAGCAGACAUUCGAUCUAGCCCCCCCCCAGAUCCAUUUAAUGUACGCAGAACCUCUCCUUACAUUCUAGGUUAUUCAAACAGUUAAAUCAGUUAUAAUUCUUACUGGAGCUCGCUGGAUUUAUUUGAUGUGUUUUAUUAAAGAUUUUUUUGACGUGUAAAAACUUUUAAGAAGAAGAAGCAGGUUAUAAUUAAUUGUUGUGGAAGUGCACUUAACUAGACCUUCUGAAUGUUAGCGAAUGGUAUAUACAGUACUGUAUACUGCCGUUUUUAGGACAUUUUGUUAGUUUAUGAUAUUCUUUUAAUGCCAGCAGUGUUGUCGGUAACACUUCCUAAUAUAAUACCCUCUUCAUAAUGCAUUGAAAAGUACAUUUUAUAAUGUCUUAUGAGCUAUGCAUUAUAAUGCCCUGCCAGGUGUUUUAUAGCUGCUCAUAGACCUCUAUAAUGCUUUGUUUCAAGUUUUAUUGUCACGUGCACAAGUACCGUGAAAUACUUUUUCCACUGUACUUGAAGGGGGGGGUGUUCAUAUGACGUAUUAGCGUGGUGUCGUCUAAGGCACAGGACUAUUCUAACCAGUACACCAAUACAGUGUUCCUGCUCUUCUACAAGCUAUGCAAGUGGGACCCUAUUCCCUACAUAGUGCACUACUUUUAACCAGGGCCCCUACAUAGGGAAUAGGGUGCCAUUUGGGACGUGCCAUUUCACCCUAUUGUAUGACGGCGUUGCAUCAUCGUCUUGUACCGCUGCCUCUUUGGCAAAUCUCCCUGCUACUUUUGGCUGCAGUCCAGCACUCUUUCUAAUGUGUUGAAUAGCUUGCUGUUCAAUACGUAGAUGUUUUUUGGGAUUGUUCAUUUUGUAUGCCGGACAGAACGGAGCACUCUCUUAGCCCUGACGGGGGUGCUUUCAGUUUUUCUAUUUUAUUUUAAUGCAUGGUUACAGACACAACGUAAAUAAUUAGCUUUACAAAGCUCCAGUGAAUUGUUAGUCGUUUGGUAGCUGUACUCUCACUUACAGUUGCAAAAUAAUUUUUUAGGGGGGGGAAAUGCUUUUCCCAAAAAUCCCUUGGUUUUUCCAGAAAUCCCAGUUGGAAGAGUCCCAGAAUCGGGAGGAAAUCCAGAAUCCUCCAACCAGGAGUUUUUGGAAAACCUGGGAAUUUUGGGAACGUUAUCAGAAUUCUGCAACCCUAAUCUGACUUCACAGUUAAUCUGACCCAUAUAAUGUGAAUUUUUGACUUGGAGAGAAGUGUUUUUAUAAUAAUACCACUGAAUUGAUGUGCCACAUCAAUGCUCUGAACAGUGUGUUAUUCUCUGAA